AUGACGACGACCACUUGCAGAACCGAUGAAAAAGCUCGGCUAAUCCAAUCUAUAGACAUCUACAUACGGAGUACGACGACCGAAGGGAGCCGUUUCUGCGAUGCCGCUCUGAGGAACUGCGUUGAUGUGCAUGCUUCAACCUUGGACGACAGCAUUCCCGACGGACCGUACUUUAUGUCAAGCUGGGGGUCUAUAUUCCAGGCAUAUCGACUGUAUUCCGAUACACAGGCAUCAUUCAGCGAAACCACUAUACCGGACGGCAACGGGGGCUUUGCAGUCCUUCCUGCGAAUAUUCCCGGACAAUCCCUAGCUGUUGCGGUCCCAUCCCGGUUAUACUUCAAACCCACCCCCGAGAAGCCCUUGGCUGGUGUGCGUCUUGGGAUCAAGGAUAUAUAUGACUUGAAAGGAGUAAAGACUUCGAAUGGUAACCGUGCUUGGUAUAACCACUAUGCGGUUGCAGACGCAACCGCUCCGGCGGUGCAGAACCUCAUCAAUGCGGGUGCCAUUGUCGUGGGCAAAAUGAAGACGAGCCAGUUCGCCAAUGGGGAGACGGCAACUGCUGACUGGGUAGAUUACCACUCGCCAUUCAAUCCUAGAGGGGAUGGCUAUCAAGAUGGAUCGUCGUCUUCUACAGGACCUGCUUCUGGAGAAGCUUCAUACCCAUGGCUAGACAUUACACUCGGGUCCGACACUGGUGGCAGCAUAAGGAGCCCAAGCCAAGCUCAAGGACUAUACGGAAACAGGCCAUCUCAUGGACUGGUCUCCAUGGACCGUGUUAUGCCGCUCGCGCCAGAGUAUGACACGGCCGGAAUCUUUGCUAGAGACCCUCGUCUCUGGGCUUCGACAGCGCAAGCGCUCUACCUUGACAACAUUACCUUGCAAAGCACAUACCCAACCUCGGUCCUCGCCGUCGGUUUCCCAACCAACUCGUCAACCAGAUACAAUGCAUUGCUAGACAAUUUUCUACGAAAUCUGACUAGUUUUCUGUCCGCCAGUGUAACCGCCUACAAUGUCCAAGAGUCGUGGAAAGCAGACAUGCCAAACGAGCAACCUUUGCCGAUUCUGCUCAAAAACACGUACGAACUCUUGACAGCAAAAGAGCAGGCAAAGCUUGUCCGGGACACAUUCGUGUCAGACUAUGCCCAAGCUCACGAUGGUCGACUCCCUCACGUGGACCCGAGUCCGUUGCAAAGAUGGGGCUUUGGAGACGAGGAUCCGAGCACGAUUGAAGAUGUGGUAGCUGCCAAGACAAAAUUCAUGGACUGGUUCAACAAGAGGCAGUUGCCACGCGACCCCAGGACAUGCUCCAAACACCUCCUCGUGUAUGUCCCGAGAAUGCCGACGCCAAAGUACCGUGAUACAUACCUCAGUGGACCGUCUCGGCCGUUCCCCUUUUCCGUCAGUCGCCUUUCAGUAUACAGCGGCGCACCGGACAUGGUGGUGCCCAUCGGAGAGCUGGCAUACGAGUCGAUUGUUACGAACCACACAGAGGUGCUGCCCGUGUCGGUGGACAUGAUGGCCGCCAAAGGGUGCGACGGCGUCAUCUUCUCCCUUGUACAGGAUUUACAUGCAGCGGGGAUACUGACCACGGUCAAGACGGGGAGGAGCAUAGUUGACGGCGAGGAUAUUCUUUACUAA